UUGACUAAAGGGCAUGAAGCCUGCUGGAUUGCAAUCACAAACCGCGAGCACAGGCUAUAAAUCCCAGGUGCGCCACUCCGCGCUCAGUCUUUGGCACAACUUGUUACGCGCAACAUCAAGGACAAGUGAAGAGAGUCCAGCUUGAUCACUGUAUCCGCGAGAAACUUGUCGUGCUGUCAAAAUGUCAUUGGUGAACGCCGUGCCAUUCAUGAAGCCGCUGUAUAUGCGCUCUCCUCAGGGACGCAGACACACGCUGCCCGCCAGCGAGUUUCGAUCCCUCAGCCCAGAAGACGCGGUCAGUGUGUUUGAGAUCGAGAGAGAAGCUUUCAUCUCGGUGUCUGGUGAGUGCCCGCUUCACCUGGACGAGGUGCGCCACUUCCUCACCCUCUGUCCCGAGUUGUCUCUUGGCUGGUUUGAAGAAGGACGUCUGGUGGCUUUCAUCAUCGGUUCACUGUGGGACCAAGAGCAGCUUAACGAGGAUGCCUUGACUCUCCACAAGCCUCAUGGGACCACUGUCCACAUCCAUGUGCUGGCUGUACACCGGACAUUUCGUCAACAGGGCAAAGGCUCCAUCCUGAUGUGGAGAUACCUGCAGUACCUCCGCUGCUUGCCCCAUGUUCAUCGUGCUGUGCUCAUGUGUGAGGACUUCCUGGUUCCUUUCUACCAGAAAUCUGGAUUUACGGUGCAGGGUCCCAGUGUGAUCACAGUGGGACCACUCACUUUCACUGAGAUGUUUUUCCUCGUCCAGGGCCAUGCUUUUAUGCGCAGAAACAGUGGAUGCUGAGCACCAAAGCCACUGCGGCAGUUAUGGAUCUGAGUGUUCAUCAACUGACAGAGCUGAAAUGAUCUGAUGCUAACAGAAAAGACUGGA